AUGGCCAUGGAUUCCCUCGAUGCCACGACACCCACGAAUCGCAAACGCUCCCUGCCCGAAGCCGAUAUCGAAUCCAUUGCCACGCCGGCAUCUCUCAAACGGGCGAAGCUCGAGCAUGUCGGCGCCGAGUCACCCUCGACGCCAAAAGCCCUGACCGCCAUCGCAAAUGCGAUUUCUGGCGUUUUGGGCUUCAGCCGACAGCCGCAAAAGGCCGCAGACGGUGUCGCACAGCCCACCGCAAUUGUCCCAAAUGGCGUGAAUGGAAAUGGGCUUGUCGCAGGUCCCAGACCACCCCCUCCUGCCGCAGCCCCGAAGCCGCGUCCAGCAAUCAAGCUGGCAGCACUCAAGGGGACGAAAUGGGACACUGGAAAUAUUGGCAGCGCUAAGCUCGCACGGAAGCCAUCGACAGCGUCGGCUAAGAUUGCCGCACGACCUUCUCCUGCGGCUGUUAGAGGGCGCCAACAGAACGGCGGCCCGGAGUCGCCCUCAAAGGGGGGCCGUGCAUCGGACAGCGAUGCUGGUACCGACUUGAUUGACGAGCUCCAGACUGAGCCCGGGACGCCGUCAGGUCGCGGCAAAGCAGCGCAGAACCUGAUCCUCGGCUCUACCGGCAAGAUCAAGGCGCCGAAAGGUAUCCUGACUCCGACCAAGAGACGAGGUCGCCCGCCCAAGAGCGUUACCUUUAACCGAGGCCUCGACGGCGAGGUCUACUUCCAGGACCUUCCAAAGACGCCUAGCGGCCGAAAACGCGGUCCCAAGCCCAAGGUCGAAGAGGACGAUGACGAGAUUCGAUGUGCGAUCUGCGCCAAGGCGGACUCGAAGGCCCCAAACGAGAUCAUUCUUUGCGACAACUGCGACUUCGCGGUGCAUCAAGAAUGCUACGAGGUGCCGGAGAUACCAGAAGGCGACUGGCUAUGUAAGUCUUGCGCCCAAGAGGACGUUCUCAAGACGCCUGUCAAGCCAGCCGACUCCAUCGCCACCAGUAAACCAGUGGCCGAAGUGCCUGAUAUACCAAACCUGUCACAUCAUUUGCGGUCAUUUCAGCGUGUGCUUCUCGAUCGGUGCUUGGGCCAAAGGCGGAUCAAGAUGUUCGGACAAGAGGAGACGUAUGAAAAAGCGAAGCAGCUUGUUGAGCAGACAGUCGUGGCCGGAGAGGGCAACUCGAUGCUUCUCAUUGGACCAAGGGGGUGUGGCAAAACUACGAUGGUCGAGAACAUCGUCACGGAUCUAGCUCAGGCUCACGGACACCUCUUCCACGUCGUCAGACUCAAUGGCUUCAUUCACACCGACGACAAGGUGGCACUGAAGGAGAUUUGGAGGCAACUUGGCAAGGAGAUGGAGGUGGAGGAGGACCUCGUCAAUAGGACAAACUACGCAGACACCAUGGCCUCGUUGCUGGCGCUGCUCUCACACCCAUCAGAAAUCAUGGGCACAGACGAGAGCGUGACGUCGCAGUCUGUCAUCUUUGUCGUCGACGAAUUCGACAUGUUUGCUGCGCAUCCUCGGCAGACGCUUCUGUACAACCUCUUCGACAUUGCGCAGUCCCGCAAGGCGCCGAUCGCGGUUCUCGGCUGCACGACGCGGCUGGACGUGGUGGAGAUGCUGGAGAAGCGCGUCAAGAGCCGAUUCAGCCACAGAUAUGUCUAUCUGUCGCUGCCGAGGGCGCUGCCUGCGUACUGGCAGAUUUGCCGGCAAGGUCUGAUGAUUGACAGAACGGACGUGGAACGGGAGGGUCUGGAUGUCAGUUUGGAAGGGUACGACGACUUCCACAAGUACUGGACCCGGAAGAUUGAGGAACUCUACAAGCAGCGCUCGUUUCAGAACCUGCUGCAAUACCACUUUUACACAAGCAAGUCGACGUCGUCGUUCCUGACGGAGUGGAUACUACCGCUGUCAGCCCUAUCGGAGAAGGACGUGACGCUGAGCUGUCCGACGACGGGCUCAGAGGCGACGUGCCUGGCGGCGCCGGAUUCGCGGCUGCAGGUGUUGUCGACGCUGUCGGAGCUGGACCUAGGCCUCUUGAUCGCGGCGGCCAGGUUGGACAUUGUGGCGCACACAGACACGGUCAACUUUGCCAUGGCGUACGACGAGUACAGCUCGCUGGUGGGAAGGCAGCGGGUGCAGUCGGCGACGUCGGGGAUGCUGGCGAUGGGGGGCGGGACGCGGGCGUGGAGCCGGGGCGUGGCGGGCAUCGCGUGGGAGCGGCUCAUCUCGCUGGGGAUGCUGGUACCGGCGGGCAUCGGCGGGAGCAGAGCACUGGGCCACGGCGGGCUGGACGGGAAAAUGUGGAAGGUGGAGGUGAUGCUGGAGGAGAUUCCGGCGGCGGUGAAGCUGAGCAACGUGCUGGCUAAGUGGUGCCGCGAGAUAUGA